CGGUCGAAAACAGCCCCUUCCUUCCUGUUCCCGUCCAUGCUGUGAACAGCUGAUGUGGUUAUUCUUCCUCACUCAAACAGUUGUAAAGUAAUCAGUCCUAAUUGUUAAAGAAUAAAACUGGACAUGACGAAAGAAGAAGUGAACGGCGCGACUGAGGAGGAGCAGCACGCUCAGUCAAAGAAAGCCUUAAAGAAACAGCAGAAGGAAGCAGAGAAAGCGGCAAAGAAGGCUGAGAAACAGGCCAAGCUGGCUGCUGAACAACAAAGUGCCGAUGAAGAUGACUUCGCCAAGGACCGAUAUGGCUUGCCUGCUAUGGUGCAAUCCCAGGAGAAACUCGACAGGGCGUUGGUCCGAGUCCAAGACCUGACUCCAGAGAAAGCUGACCAGCUGAUCUGGUUGCGUGCCCGUGUCCACACCAGCCGAGCCAAAGGGAAGCAAUGCUUCUUGGUCUUGCGUCAACAGCAGUUCAACGUGCAAGCACUGGUCGCAGUGGGAGAUCGUGCCAGCAAGCAGAUGGUCAAGUUUGCUGCAAACAUCACAAAGGAAAGCAUCGUGGACGUGGAGGCCGUGGUGAGGAAAGUGGAGCAGAAGAUCGAGAGCUGUUCUCAGCAGGACGUUGAGCUCCACAUCGAGAGGAUUUUUGUCAUCAGCCAGGCAGAGCCUCGUCUGCCCCUGCAGCUGGAGGACGCCGUUAGGCCGGAUGGAGAGGGGGAGGAGGAAGGAAGAGCCACUGUUAACCAGGACACCAGACUGGACAACAGAGUGAUUGAUCUAAGGACGACCACCAGCCAGGCCAUCUUCCGGCUGCAGUCAGGAGUCUGUCAGCUCUUCAGAGACACGCUCACCAAAAAGGGUUUUGUGGAGAUCCAGACCCCCAAAAUAAUAUCUGCUGCCAGUGAAGGCGGAGCAAACGUCUUCACCGUUUCCUACUUCAAAUCCAGCGCCUACCUGGCCCAGUCCCCUCAGCUCUACAAGCAGAUGUGCAUCUGCGCUGACUUUGACAAGGUCUUCUGCGUCGGCCCAGUUUUCAGGGCUGAGGACUCCAACACUCACCGUCAUCUGACUGAGUUUGUGGGUCUGGAUAUAGAGAUGGCCUUCAACUACCAUUACCAUGAAGUGAUCGACUCCAUCACCGACACCAUGGUGCAGAUAUUCAAGGGCCUGAGAGACAACUUCCAGACGGAGAUUCAGACGGUGAACAAGCAGUUCCCAAGCGAACCCUUUAAAUUCCUGGAGCCGACUCUUAGGCUGGAGUACACCGAGGCCUUGGCCAUGCUUCGUGAGGCCGGCGUGGAGAUGGGAGACGAAGAUGACCUCAGCACUCCUAAUGAAAAGCUGCUCGGCCGUCUCGUCAAGGAAAAGUAUGAUACUGACUUUUAUGUGCUGGAUAAGUACCCGCUGGCUGUUCGACCUUUUUACACCAUGCCUGACCCAAACAACCCUAAAUACUCCAACUCUUAUGACAUGUUCAUGAGAGGAGAGGAGAUCCUGUCUGGAGCUCAGAGAGUCCACGAUGCUCAGCUGCUGACUGAAAGGGCUCUGCAUCACCAGAUUGAUCUGGAAAAGAUAAAGUCAUACAUCGACUCAUUCCGUUAUGGCGCUCCCCCACAUGGCGGAGGAGGCAUCGGUCUGGAGAGAGUCUGCAUGCUGUAUCUGGGUCUCCACAAUGUGCGUCAGACCUCCAUGUUCCCCCGUGACCCCAAGCGUCUCACACCCUGAUCACGGCGCUUUGUGAAAGAACCCCUCUGGACUAUCCCAGAGGUUUUGGUGACGGAAACUACAACUAAUCCACAGUUCAGGAAUGGAGAAUUAAUACAAGUAUCCACCCACUUUUUCUAACAGGCCAAUAGAAAUUUAUCACUAAGAAGAAUGAAGCAGCUGUAAUAGAAAGUACUUUAUUGAUUUGUGUGCAUAGUUUUCUAACAAGUAAACAGAGGCGUAUCGUCAGGAAGUGGGCCAGAACACUCCCAGAGGAGGCUGCACACCUUUUAUUCAUCUUCUUACCAAUAAGUGUUUAAUUAUGGAGAGAUUAAACAACUUUAACACAGA